GUGUAGUAUCGGUUACUAUACUUACUGCACGUAUGCUGAAUAGUGUGCCUUUCUCGUCUUCAGAAAGUCGUUUGUAUUCAUAUUCAGGUUCGCGUGUCAGAUUUUUUUGCAAGCAAUAUUAAUAGUAAGCAGCUGGUAGGUGUAGUUACAGUAUGUCUAUUGUCGAUAGAAUCUGUUAUUACCAACGUAAUUUAGAAACCUGCGGUGAUAACGAGGAUCGGAUAUUACAUUGCAUUUCAAAAUUGUACAAGCUACCUGUAACAGUGCAGCAUCUUCAAGAGACGGGAGUAGGAAGGACAGUGAAUAGUUUCAGAAAAUAUUGUGACCCUGUAGGUAAUGCUGCUAAAUCUCUAGUUUGCAAAUGGAAGAAUAUGGUGGCAGAUGAUAGAGAUUCUAGUGAUAAAGAAGAUGAGGAUGAAGCUCGUGAAAUAGACAGUCCAGAUAGUCCUGAAAAUCAAGCUGAUAAAGGCUCAAGAUCAGGUGAUAUAGAAGAAAGUGAUUCCUUAUCAGAUCAAUUAUCAGAAUCAAAAUAUACGCAUAGACAUAAAGAAAGCAAGAAUAAAUUAUCUACGCAUAGUGUAGUACAUUUGUCUAAGUUAAAAUCAGAAGAAAAACAAGAAAUGCAUGAAAAAAGUAAACCUUCUUCCAAACAUCAUUCACACGGUGAAAAAAAAUCCAAAGAAUCAAAAAGCGGUAAAACUAGUUUAAAUAAAGAAACUCAUAGUUUAACAAAGCAUAAUCAUAGCAAAAAUGAUGUCAAAAAGAUUAGCGAUAGCAAAACUAGCCAGGUUAAUGAGGAUAGCAAGAAGAGAAAAGUAAAUGACUCCAGUUCCUUAAUGAAGGAAAGCAAAAAGAGGAAACUAUCAGAUAACAAAAGUGAUGAUGAAAAAUCUCAAUUAUCUAUUUCGGAACAUAAUCGUUCCCAUCUGAAAUCUGGAACUCAAAUAGAGGUGAAAAAUAAAGUAGAAAAUAAACAGCUUUUAGCAAUUAAUGAUAAACAGGAUAUUAAAUAUAACAUGUAUUUGCAGGAAAAAUCUAAAAGCAGUUCUAGUAAACUUAAAUCCCAUGAAUCAAGCAAAACAAAGGACAGCAGUGAGAAACAAAAACAUAAAGAACAUACUAGUCAUAAAAAACAUGAUACAAAAAGAGAUUCUAGCCAUCAUUCUAGCAAGGAUAUUUCUAAAUCGAAAGUCAGUUCCUCUAGUAGUAAGGAUUAUGUUAAGAACAAAGACAAAGAUAAGAAAAAGGAAUACAAGGAAGAUAAGAAUAAACAUGAGAAGACAAAAGAGACAAAGAUUAAAUUAAUCCAAGAAAUAAAUGGUGAUGAAGGAAUAGAUUGUAAUUCUGGUGCAAGUUUUGCAGAAGCACUUGGUAUGUGCUCCAUACCUCAGCCAAAAAAACGUCAAAAUAAUUUAUCUAAUGCAAAUCCUAAUAGAUUAAUUAAAACAGAAAGGAUGUCACCACCCGCUAACAAUAAAAAGAUGCCACCUGUGAAAACUGAGCCGGAAUGUGGCAAUAAUUCAAACCCACCAUCCCUUUUAGCACCCAACUUAAAGUUGGAACCGCUAAAUGUGGAUCUAGCGUCUACAUUACCUGAAAUCAGUCCCAAUUAUAAACCACUGCCAUAUAUUAAUCCUAUACAUCGUAAAGAAGAAUCAAAGCCUGUUGAUGACAUCAUUUAUGUCAAGAAUCAAAGAACAAAAGUAUAUUCUGGUAAUAAAGUUGGUUAUACAAGUGUGCCGUCAUUGUAUGAAAUGUGCAUCAGAGUGUUGAUAGAAAAUAUUGAUGCACUCGAAUUUACUGGUGGCGUACCGUAUGAUAUAUUAAAGCCAAUCCUCGAACGUGCAACAGCUGAUCAAUUAUUUAUGUUAGAGCAUCAUAAUCCAUACCUCAUAGAAGAUACAGACAUAUUAUGGCAAUAUCAUUGUAAUCGAGAAUUUAGAAAUAAUGAGAGACAAGAAAUGGAGUCGUGGCGUGAAAUGUACAUGCGCUGUUUGGACGAAAGAGAAGCGAAACUGAAAACACUUACUGCUAAUAUCAAACAAUCUAUAGAUAAAUCCGUCCCAGUAAGAUCGACUAAACUUGCAUAUGUAGAUAAUGUUGUGAAACCACCACGGAAUGUAUUAAAAAAACAGGCAAAGUAUGGGACAGCUAAUGCCACUCCUGCUACCGUCUCCAGUGUAAAGAAAAAGUUAGCUGGCGGAGGUGCAACUAAUAAUGCAACAAAUAUUGCUGUACCACCACCGCCAAUGUCUCGAUUUAAAGCAUCAACAUCAAGUAGUAUGAAAAAGACGAAAGCACCACUCAUGGCAAAGGCAUUGCAGUUAAUAAAAGGUCGUUACAAACGGUAGUGAUGACAGUAAUAUUUCACGAAUAUUACAAAUCCUUGAUCAUUUAACUCUACGAUUUGUUUAUUUAUCGCUAUAGCUUAUCAAUUAUUUUAUUACGAAAUAGAUUCCGCACAUUUUUUACGUAACAUUCUCUUUAAAUAUUCGUGUUCGAAGAAUCAUGAUUGAGGACUAUAUUCGCGUAUAAUAAUUCAAAUAAAUAACAAAACUAAUUGCGAUUGAAUACAAAGGAA